AUGCCCUCGCAGAAGAGACAGAAACGCGGAGAGCCCGUCAGACGGGGUGUCAGGCCGUCUGGUAAUGCUCUGCUGGCUUCUACAGGCAACUCAGCCCGGACGGAGGGAUUGGGCUCGCUUUCUCUGCUCUCCGACGAGCUGAUAUCUCAAAUUUUCGGCGAACUCGAUCCAGACUCUUGGAGGCUGACACAAGCUUGUUCGCGAGCGUUCUUUGCCUGGUCAUCGAUAGAGGCCCUCUGGAAGGUCGCUUACAUUACUCGCACGAAUGGCCUGUUGCGAAGUUGGCAAGGUUCCUGGCGCUCGACAUAUCUCUGGCAAUACUACGGAGUGCCUGCCGACUGCAUUGCUGCACCCGAUCUCUCCUGCAUCUACUCAGAUGUGCUCUACACGCCAGUCUUAGCGGCGGCGUACGAUGCCAAUAGUCUAGUUAGAUCAAAUUCCUUGCAAGAUCUGGUGCCUCGCAGGGAUGUAGCGUCAGUGACGAAAGAAGGACUUGGUCAAGAGCCUUUCAUUUUGACCGGCGCGAUGGACACCUGGUCUGCUUACAAAGGAUCUCGAUCCUGGAACUCACUCACGACGCUUGCGCAACGUUUUCCAGACUGUCAGCUUCGAGCAGAGGCUGUAUUGGCCAAUUUGGCAACAUAUCUUACAUAUCACGAUCAUUGUCCUGCUGACGAAUCGCCGCUGUAUCUCUUUGAGAGUCACUUUGUCGAAAAGAUGCUCUGCCAAGACGAAUACUCGGUCCCUUUGCCAUUCGAUGAUGAUCUCUUCUACGUUCUGGGCGAUGAGCGCCCCGACUAUCGUUGGCUCAUCGCCGGACCGAGGCGAAGCGGCUCAACGUGGCAUGUGGAUCCGAAUGCCACUAGUGCAUGGAAUGCAGUCAUUGCCGGUGCAAAGGCAUGGAUCCUUCUACCCCCUCAUGUCUUGCCGCCGGGCGUGCACGUCUCUGCAGACCGGAGCGAAGUCGAGUGUCCUCUCUCUCUGGCCGAAUGGUGGAUCAACUACUAUCAGCAGACGCUUGCAGAAUACGGCGAGCACGCCAAAGAACCCAAGCAUCGCGGAUUGCUCAGGCAAGGUAUCUGUCGGCCUGGCGAAAUCUUCUUCGUUCCUUCCGGCUGGUGGCAUAUCGUCGUCAAUCUAGAAGACUCGAUAGCGAUCACGCAAAACUUCGUGUCUGCCGAAUGUUUGCCUCAAGUCAUGCACUUUCUUAGGCACAAGCCAGAGCAGAUUUCUGGCUUCAAGCUCGACAAGACAGCGGACCCGCUUAACGCGCGCGAUUGCGACGAGAUCCCUGCAGAUGUGUACGAGCGCUUCUGUCAGGCGCUCGCGGCAGCAGAGCCUGCGCUAUACAAAGACGGCCUCGCCGGGCUCAGGGAGCUCGAAAGGAAAUCGAAAAGCACAACGGAGCCUAAAUCAAUGCUCUUUGGCGACAAGGUCUCCAGUAUCUCAGAGAGCUCCUUCAGCUUCGACUUUGCAAUAGAUUCGGAGGUGUAG